CUCCUCUCCCAUCCCCCGCAAACUUUCGGCAGCUGCAGCGGAAGCAGGAACUUGCGAACCACAAACCAGCUGGGCCAGGAGGGAGCUGCGGGAGCAUCCCUGCCCUCCUCACCGAGACCGUCGCGCGGACUCGCCGCUGCUUCCCCGCGAGCGCAUCGGAGCCCUGCUCGCACCGGUGGGCCCCAGGGGCUCCGGGGCCCCCUCGCCGCCAGAGAGAAAUUUCAUCAUCUGUGCAAUCUUGUUGAAACAAACUAAGAUCAGAAGGAGGGUUAUCCUUGAGCUUUGAAGACUAAAACUAUACCAAAAUUUAAAAUGUUCUUCAGGGAAGGGCGGAGCUUGACCUACACUUUUGUAAUCAUUUGUUUCCUGACAGUCAGGCUGUCCACCAGUCAAAAUUGUCUUACCCAGAGUCUAGAAGAUGUUAUCAUUGACAUCCAGUCAUCUCUUACUAAGGGAAUCAGGGGCAAUGAGCCCAUACACACAUUGACUCAAGAAGACUGCAUUAAUUCUUGCUGUUCAACAAAAAACAUAUCAGGGGACAAAGCGUGUAACCUGAUGAUCUUCGACACUCGAAAAACAACUAGACAACCCAACUGCUACCUAUUUUUCUGUCCCAGUGAGGAAGCCUGUCCGCUGAAACCAGCAAAGGGACUUAUGAGUUACAGGAUAAUUAGAGAUUUUACAUCAUGGGGCAAUCCUGAUUUGCCAGGCCAGGCGGUCACCGCCACACCCACUCGUCGGACAGGUUAUUCGAAGCCCACUGAUGUCUUAUGGAGAGAGACAUUUUCUCGGAAGUUCGGAGCCUCGGAUCACUUGGAGAAACUAUUCAAGAUCGAUCCAGCGAGUACACGGCUCCCUGUUUAUAAAGAGAAAGACCGUUCUCAGAGUUCACAGUUUUCCUCGGAACAAGAAGUAGGUCAUCUGCUGCCUGAAAACGUGACGACAGUCCCCACGGCAACGGCUGCUGCUUCUCUACAUUCCGGCUCUGCCACUCCGGAGCCCCGGGUUCCCUUCCCCACCAGUGCCCCCGCGACGCCGGCUGUGGCUUCGCAACCACGAGUGGCCAGCACAGCCCCGCCUGCAACGAUGGUCACCUCUCGGCCUCCCACAGCCAUUUCUUCACAUUUGCCCCGUGCUGUGGUUGCACCUCGAGCUAACAUGACUACGACAGCAGUUCCAACUGCCACGCUUCAGGCAACCGCACACUCGAAAGGCCUACCAGAAACGGUGCCCUUUAGAGAAAUUUCCAACCAGACUUUGACCACAGAGAAGGCCCAAAACCCUGCUACAAGUCUUUUGCCAAAUGUGGCUUCUUACACUACGAAUAAAACUGCUUCCCAGGAAAAUGGGAAGAGCAGUUCAGGCGGCUCCUCCCAGCACAGUGUUCCAGAAAGUCAAUACGGCCUUCCAUUUGAAAAGUGGCUCCUCGUUGGGACCCUGCUCUUCGGUGUUCUGUUCCUCACCAUAGGCCUUGUGCUCUUGGGCAGAAUGCUCUUGGAAUCCCUCCGCAGGAAACGUUACUCCAGACUGGAUUAUUUGAUCAAUGGGAUCUAUGUUGACAUCUAAGGACAAAACUAGAUGUGUCUUAAUUCAUGUAGUUCCUAGUAGACCAAAUGUAGUGAGUUUCUGCUAACUCGCUGAUUUUAGGAUUUUUGAAGUAUUUUGAAGGCAGGCAAAUGCCCCCUACCACUUUUUGUUUUGAAGGGGAGAAAGAAAACAGAUUAGGUAACCUGUGUGAUCUAUCUCUAAAAGAUUAGCUGAAAACAAAGCUCUACUUAAAGAAAUUAAGUAAAAUUGCCGCAUAAAUUUGGAAAAUGACUGGCUUAAAAAAAUUGGAUAAGACUUCUAGGCUCCAAUUUGUUAAUACUUCUAGUUCCAGAUAAAGUCAACUACUUAUGAUAUUAAUUCUAAUAGAUUUACUUUCCUUUUUAUAUGUAUUCCAAUGAAAC